CUCGUGUCACCAAAGAGCCGUUUUCAUGAACCCCAAACAGACGGUACUACUCCAGCGACUGAACGCGCCUACAUCCCGGAAGACUUUACACGGAGACGUGAAUUAAAGCUGCUGCAGCUCUGAGGAGAAAAAACGACACAGGAGAGACCAACAGAGGCGAGCUCCAACUGAAAGCUGGUGGGCUUUUUAAAGACAAAACAAACAAACAAACAAACAAACAAAAAGAGACUUUGUGUUUAAAAACACUGGACUGAACUUUGAAGUUAACCUUUUGAGAUGACUGACUUCUGAGCCAGACCACCGGGAGACCCCCUUCACCCCUCAGCCUCCUCCCCCCCCCCCCCAGCAGAGGAAGUUCCUCCAUCGCAUUCAACUUUGACAGGAGAAAAGAAGACAAAGAAAAACCAGAAAGAAUAGUUAACCUCGCAGUGCUGCCAUCAUGGACUCAGGAAAGCAAAUAACGUUCCCAUUGUUGAUGAGUGUUGGAACAGCUGUGAUCGGCUCUCUGCAGUUUGGCUACAACACUGGUGUCAUCAAUGCCCCCCAAAAGAUCAUUGAGGGCUUCAUUAAUGACACGUGGUCACAGCGCUAUGAGGAGCCCAUCACCAAGAGCUCCCUAACAGCCAUCUGGUCCAUCUCUGUCUCCAUUUUCUCUGUCGGUGGCAUCAUAGGCUCCUUCUCCGUCGGACUCUUCGUCAACAGCUUAGGAAGGAAGAAUUCUAUGCUCAUGGCUAACAUCCUGUCCUUCAUCGCGGCUGCUCUCAUGGGCUUCUCCAAGAUGGGGAGCUCCUGGGAAAUGCUGAUCAUUGGUCGCUUUGUGGUCGGCCUCUACUCCGGCCUCUCCACGGGCUUCGUGCCCAUGUAUGUAGGUGAAGUUUCCCCAACGUCUCUACGAGGAGCCCUGGGCACCCUGCACCAGCUGGGCAUUGUCCUCGGCAUCCUCAUCGCACAGGUGUUUGGAAUGGAGUCGAUCAUGGGCAACGACAGCUUGUGGCCGCUCCUCUUGGGUUUCAUCUUCGUCCCAGCUGUGAUACAGUGCGUCCUGCUGCCUCUCUGCCCCGAGAGCCCCCGUUUCCUGCUCAUCAACAAGAACGAAGAGAACAAGGCCAAGACUGUGCUUAAGAAGCUGAGAGGCACGACAGAUGUGAGCGCUGACAUGCAGGAGAUGAAGGAAGAGAGCCGGCAGAUGAUGAGGGAGAAAAAGGUGACCAUCAUAGAGCUUAUCCAGUCACCCCUCUACCGCCAGCCGCUCAUUGUCGCCAUCAUCCUGCAGCUCUCCCAGCAACUGUCUGGCAUCAACGCUAUAUUCUACUAUUCCACCAGAAUCUUUGAGAAAGCCGGGGUUCAGCAGCCCGUCUAUGCCACCAUUGGAGCCGGUGUUGUUAAUACAGCUUUUACUGUGGUGUCGCUCUUCGUUGUCGAACGUGCAGGACGUAGGUCUCUGCACCUGCUGGGGCUGCUGGGAAUGGCUGGGGCUGCCAUCCUGAUGACAAUUGCCUUGGCUCUGCUGGAGCAGCUCAAGUGGAUGUCAUAUUUGAGCAUCGUGGCCAUUUUUGCCUUCGUCGCGUUCUUUGAGAUCGGACCGGGUCCUAUCCCCUGGUUCAUCGUGGCAGAGUUGUUCUCGCAGGGACCCAGGCCUUCAGCCAUUGCUCUGGCUGGUUUGUCCAACUGGACUGCCAACUUCAUCGUGGGAAUGGGCUUCCAGUAUGUAGAGGAAGCCUGUGGCCCCUACGUGUUUGUUAUCUUCACUGUGCUGCUGCUCUUUUUCUUCGUCUUCACCUACUUCAAAGUCCCAGAGACUAAGGGCCGGACGUUUGACGAGAUCACGGCCGGCUUCCGCCAGACGGCCGCCACAGGGGCAGAAAAGCACUCGCCGGAGGAGCUCAACAGCCUGGGAGCUGAUUCUCAGCUCUGAGUGACUGUUUUGUUUUUGUUUUUUUUUUUACUUUCUAACAAACUCUUUCUCGGACCGAGGAGGGACGAGAAAGGUCUACUAACUAGAAGUAGACAGGUCCUUUGGUAGAAUAAUUAUCACACUGUCACCACAUUUCAGGCGUCAUAACCAAACCAACAGUUGUGCGUGAUUCUCCAACAUGACGUCUUCUGCUGCCCCUCUUAUGUCACUCAAAGAAAAAAAAAAACUCAAUGGGCACUAUGUCGCCUGGCGGAUGUAGAGAGGGGAGUUGAGGAUAGAUGGGGAAGAUUUUUAAUAUUUUAAAGAAGGAAAAGGAGUGUCUACAUCAACCAACCAACCUUUUUUUAAAAUAACUUUUUUUUCACUGAAUAUAUUACUGACAUGUGCUUAUGCUCUGUUCUUUGUAGCCUGUUACAACACAGUCAGUUUGCUACAGUCAGCACUGUAGCUGUAGAGAUCUGUUCACUGUGCAAAAAUUACCUGUUUGUGUUGAUCAUACUGUAAUGCUGUAUCACUGUAGACCCUAGCACUGUAGAUGCUGCAUAGCUCGACUUUGUCUCCCUCCACCAGAUGGGGCACUGCCCUUAAAAACAGAAUGAGUUUAUGUUUGCACCUUUUUAAGUUACUGAGUACACAAUCUCCCAUAUGUUGGUGUUUUACUGUGAGGAGUUUAAUUUUGCUUCAUGAAAUUUUAAUGGUAACACUCCACAUAUUAUACACAUUUUUACUUGUUAUUGUCACUGUCAUUAUUGACACGUUUUGUCAUUUUUAAUCUGAUUUAUAUUUGUCAUGAAGACAAAGCUUUGCCCAAAUAAUAUAUCAAGAGAUUUAUUCAUUCAUCAUUCAUGUUUUUUUUUUUUUUUUACACCAUUCCUUUUUAACAGGACAGCUGAUGGAAUUAAUGCUGGGUCUGUGCACGAUUGAACAGCAUCUGCACAGUCGCGCUGAACUUGGCAGUGAAGUCAAAUAAAUAAAUCAUCCACCCAUUUUACUAUGACAUGAGAUAAGUACCCACCCACAAUCAGCAGCCACGAAACCAAAAAUCUGCCUUGCAAAAUCCAGAACAUUUGUGAGUUUAAGUGCCUGUCUAAAACAAUCAAGCCUCGGCUGCCUUUCAGCCUUUCAGCCUUUCAGCCUUAUCACGCCGGAGCAGUUCCAGGUCAGAUCCGCCUGAUCGAGACUUAAAGCUUCUGUCAGUGGAUGAUCUUCACUUUUUUAAGUGUCUAUGAGUUGUGGAGCCUGAUAGCUGUCUGGAUUUUUUCACACAAACAGGAGCUGCAUGUUGUUCCUCUGUGAAAACUACAAAGCAUCUUCAGAGGAGUGAGAGAAGGAAAAAAAAAAAAAGAAAAAGGAAAAGAAAUAAUGGGGACCAAAAUGAACUUCAGCGUUUGGAAAGGCUUUCAUUAUCCUGAAAGUGCUUGUCACCCGUUUGAGGUCCAUUAUAUGUCAUAGGAGGUGGACACUUAAUGCUCUGGUGCGAGGCUCAUUCUGUACCUUGUACACUGAAUACUGCAGUAUUGUGUAGCUCUCUCUUUCUCUGUCUUUCAGUUGUGUACUAUGUUGUAUACAGUAGCUGGUGGGGAAAAAAACAUCUGGCUUACUUUGCCUAGCUGCUGUCUGUGACUGCUGUAUCACUUGGUUCUUCUCUUUAAAUACAUUGUUUGAGGAAAGUCUAUCUUUUUAGCAGCACUUUAUUAUUCACAGUGAUAUUUGUCACUAAAUCAUAUAUUUUGAGGUUGUUUUCAUUUUUUUUUUUUCUGUCACUGAAGAGAGACUGAAGUACUGCUGAUGGAUUACUUGAUGUUUUUGAAAUGGAAAUGUGUGAAAUUGUGUCAUAUGUUCAUAUCUAUUACAGCGUUGUAUAGAGCACAUUUAGCUGUGUACACACACACACACACACACACACACACACACACACACACACACACACACAGGUCAGUUGUGAGGAAAUAUAGUAAUAAUCAUUAUCUAGUGAGGACAACUCCAACCCAGCAGUCAAAAAAACAUUUUAAUCAUUCCAUAAUUGGUUGUUAAUUAUUGUACAUAAUAGAUCUUUAUCGUAUAUUUGUUGUCAUUCAGUGGGUUGCCUCACCUGCCCUGGAAAGCACUGUAACAUCUACGCUCUACACCUUUGUGGCUUUCACAUAUCUUCACCAGCAAACUCAUGUAAACAGCACCAAAAGAUGCACUUCCCCACACACUGAUGUCUAUUGCAAAUAUCCAAACUGUAUUUUAUGUACAUACUGUAGAUCCACAUUUCUGCUUGGGCAUUUCAUUUUUAAUGUGGCCUGUAGCCUAUGAAAUCUUUUCCUUAUGGCACAGGUUGGUGGUCUAUACACACGGGAUGAUGUAAAUAUGAAACACACUACAGCCUAGCCCUCUCCAAAUUUAUGAAAUAUUUAAGUUUUAGAAAGUUUUCUUUUGAUAGAUAAAUUAAUGAUAAGUACUGUAGUGUUGUACAUCUCUAUGCAUUUAGCUUGCUUUCUAUACCCUUUUGAUUUGAUAUCUGAAGAUAUGUUGUGGCCUCAUAACUAUAAUAAUUUUAAUUCAGAUUUCACAUGUAAGGAUUGUUUAAAUAAGAUACAUUCAGUAGUGUUUUCAUUUUUAGUGCACAGAGCAUAUUCUAAUGUUUGUAAUAAGAAAAAAUCUGUGUGUAUGGUGCUGGAAUGUGAGCCUUUGCUGGGGAAAUAUACAUUGUGAUGGAUGAUGAUCUGGAUGUUUCUAAAGUCCUGUAUAAGUGAUUUAAUGGUUGAAUAAAAUAAAUCAUACAUACAGA